GAUGGCAUAAAAAUUGAGAAUAUAAAGAGAAGAACAGAGAGUUUAAAAAAAUAGAGAAUUAUAUUAAUCAUAAAUAGAUUAAAGUUAUGAGUAGUAAGAAGAAGAAGGUUCUCCAUUACCUUAAAAAAAUAAAUCAUAUUCAGUUUAAAUAUCUCCUGCUUAAUAAUAAGAAUAUAAAGCUUAACCUUAUGAUUAUAUGAAUAAACCUUUAAAAUUACCUCCAAUAAGUGAUAGAAUUACAACAUUUACAAAUCCAAUAAGCAGCAAAUUAUAACUUCGAUAGAACCCUAGAGUGUUUUUAUCUUAAGAAUAGGAUAAGACUUUAAAAUAAAUUUAGAAGUAACCAGCAUUGAGAUUAUUUGUUUGA